CAGCUGGAGAGCCAGCCGUCUAGUCCGGCGGCCAUUGGCCGCUCGCGGUCACGCGCCUGCGCCCCCUCCCCUCCCGCUCCGUCGCCUGCGCGGCGCAGGUGAGACAGAUUUCCUGGGAGACCCUGAGAGCUGGACUGCCAUGGCGGCAGCAGCAGCAGAGGACCCCUCUGGCCCCUUGGACCAGUCAGAUGGGCUGAGCUCCCUCCUGGAUGAGGAAGAGGAGGAGGAGGAGGAGGAGGAGGAGGAGGAGGAGGAGGGCGGCAGCCACACGGAAGGCCUGUCUGUGAGUGGCGAGGGUGACCUGGAGGUGAAUCCUUACGACGGGCUGCCCUUCUCCUCCCGCUACUAUGAGCUGCUGCGCCAGCGCCGUGACCUCCCCAUCUGGGGCUGCAAGUUCCCCUUCCUGGAGCACCUGGAGGGCGGCAGCAGCAUCGUCUUGGUCUCUGGGGAGCCAGGGGCCGGCAAGAGCACCCAGGUGCCCCAGUGGUGUGCUGAGCACGCCCUCUCUCUGCAGUUUGCUCCCGGCCAAGUGGUUUGCACGCAGCCCCACAGCCUGGCCGCCCUCAGCCUGGCCUUGCGGGUGGCUGACGAAAUGGACCUCAACGUGGGCCAUGAGCUGGGCUACAGCAUCCCCUACGAAGACUGCUGCACCUCCGAGACGCUGCUCAGGUUCUGCUCGGACGAGGUCCUUCUGCGGGAGAUGACGUCGGACCCCCUGCUGCACCAGUAUGGGGUGGUGGUCCUGGACGAGGCGCAGGAGCGGACGGUGCCCACCGACCUCCUACUGGGGCUGCUGAAGGACGUGCAGCGCCAGCGCCCCGAGCUGCGCCUGGUGGUGGUGACCGAGCCGCUGAUGGAGGAGCCCCUGCGGCGCUUCUGCCCCGAUGCCCCUGUGGUGCGGGUUCCCGAGCCCAGCCCAGCCCCCCGCCUGGCCUGCAGGCAGCCCCUGCCGGGGGGGCACGUCCUGGCCGCCUGCCAAGCCGCGCUGGAGCUUCACCGGCGGAGGGAGCCUGGCGACGUGAUGGUCUUCCUGGCCAGCAAGCAGGAGAUUGACGAGUGCUGUGAGGCCAUCCGGUCGGAGGCCCUGGCCCUGGACCCCGGCCUGGGGCCCCUGCUGGUGCUGCCCCUCCACCCUGGCGUGGGCCGAGACGUCCAGCGGCUGUACGAGAGCGGCCAGGAGCAGCCCGGGGGGGUCCGGGCACGCAGGAUCGUGGUCACCCACUGCCUGGCGGACGCCGGCUUCUCCAUGGGGACCGUCAGGCAUGUCGUAGAUGCCGGGCUGGAGCUGCACAGUGUUUACAACCCGCAGAUCCGAGCCGAAGCUCAGGGCUUGCGCCCCAUAAGCAAGAAGCAGGCCGAGGCGCGGAGACUCAGGGCAGCGGGGAACCCCCCAGGGUCCUGCCUCCGCCUCUACUCGGACACCUUCUAUCAGCAGCACCUGCCCCCCAUCCCUCCGGCCCCCAUCACAGAGGCCAACCUCAGCCGCCUGGUUCUGCUGCUCAAGAGGCUGGACAUCGCCGACAUGGGCCAGUGCGACUUCCUGGACCGGCCAGCCCCCGAGUCCCUGAUGCAGGCGCUGGAGGACUUGGACUACCUGGCUGCCCUGGAUGACGACGGGAACCUCUCUGAGGUGGGCAUCAUCAUGUCGGAGUUCCCCCUGGACCCCCAGCUCUCCAAGGCCCUGCUGGCCUCCUGCGAGUUUGACUGCGUCCACGAGAUGCUCACCCUGGCCGCCAUGCUGGCAGCCUGGCCCUGCUUCCUGGCUCCAGAGGGGGCGCGCUGGGAGGAGGCCCUGGCGGCCCGGCAGCGGAGUCUUCUGCACCCGGCGGGGGACCACUUCACCCUCAUCAACGUCUUCAAUGCCUUCCAGCAGCAGAGCGACCCGGAGAGCUGGUGCCGGAAGCACGGGGUGAGCGAGGCGGCCCUGCGGCUGGCGGGGGCCGUGCGGGCAGAGCUGCUGGAGGUCAUGCAGCGCAUUGAGCUGCCCGUCUCCCCGCCGGCCUUUGGCAGCGACAGCAACGUCCAGCGCCUGACGCAGGCCCUCAUCUCGGGCUUCUUCCUCAAGGUGGCCCGCGACAUUGACGGCUCCGGCAACUACCUGCUGCUGACCCACAAGCACGUGGCCCAGCUGCCCCCCGGCUGCUGCUACCGGCUGCGUCGCCCGCCCCCCCGCCCGCCUCCCUGGGUGCUCUACCACGAGUUCACCAUCUCUCAGGACAACUGCCUCAGCAUCGUCUCCGAGAUCCAGCCAGAGAUGCUAGCAGAGCUGGCACCCCAGUACUACCUGAGCAACUUGCCCCCCAGCGAGAGCCGGGAGCUGCUCCUGGAGCUGCGUGAGAAGCUGGCAGGGGCCUCAGAGUUGCCGCCUCCGCCUCCAUCCCCGCUGCAGGACGAGGGGCCUCAGGCACCCAGAGCUGGCGAGGACACAGAGGACACCUGCGUUCUGCAAUGAGCCCAGCAGGAGCACCGCUGGGUCCGGAUUAAGCCCAGGCCCUGGAGGAAUGCUGUUCCCAGGGGUCAGAGGAGGUUCCCAGGCCUGGAGCAGCAGCAGCACUGGCUACUGGUGUUCCUGGGUGGCAACACCUGCUGCCCUUUGACGCCAGAGCCCCUGGCAUUCCCUGGGCAUGGGAGAGGGUGGGCAGGGGCCCCAGGAAGCAGGUCCUGCUGUACUUUUGCUGUUGGACGCUCUGGGGCAGACUGCGGGGAGCCUGGCUGCUCUUUUCGGGACCCACCAGAGGCUGGUGGCAGCCAGGUGGCGCAGCGGAGGGCGGGGUUGGCAUGGCCUUAUGGGUGGAGGUGUGCCGUGGGCUCAGGGCUCCCCUUCCCUCCAGCUUCUCAUUGGCAAAGGUGGCGGAACCCCAGGCAGAUGGCCAGGUCUGCAGAGGCAAGGCCAGGCUGGAGGUGGGGCAGGGGUGUCUCCUUGUGGGGUCAGUGGAUCUGGGCAGAGCUUCUUUCUUAGCAGGAGACUUUGCUCCUCCUCCCCCCUUGCCACGCAAGCCGUGCACCUGGGAGCUGUUGGGGGGGUCCUCUUGGAGGCUCCCCACAGCCAUGGGGCAGCUUUAGCAGAGGGUGAUGCCCUGCCCCCUUGUUUUGGGACUCUUAGGGUUGGCUCUUACUGAAGUCUUUUCUUAGCUCUCUGCUUUUACUGCUGCCUUGUUUGGGGGGGGGGCAAGAUGGCCCUUGAGUGGCUGCUGAGCUUUUUACGGACUCUUUGCACCAGGGGAGCGGGUGGGUGUCUCUCGCUUGCAGUGGCGGCCAUGAUCCUCAUCUGCAAACGUUGCUCCCGAACUGUUAACUUUAGAGAGGCUGCUUGGGAUCGGGGCACCCCUGUCUUCUGUCAGUGCCAUUUGUGGGGUGCCUGGCACCUGGUGCCCCCACCUUGAUUCUUUCUGGCCUAGAAUGUGGUUCACCAAGCAGAAGAAUUAAAAGAUACCUUUGGAAA